AUGAGUGAAAGUGAUUCCGAUGGAACGAGCAGUAGUUCCGAGCUGGACGCCACCGGAAGGCGCUUCAAUCCUCUGAAAGCCCUCUAUUCGGCCAAAACGAAGGUUCCGGUUGCACGGGCACUUCUACACGACAACGUGCAAACUUUGGAGGCCAAACAGACGACCCUUGGCGGGUUCGAGCAACCGUUUAAUGCGGUACGUUUGAAGCAAAUCCGGGAGGCCGCUGGUUCGAAAAAGAAGAAACUAGAUGCAACCAGCGAGAUUCCCAAGCGAAGAUUUGAGCCGUCGCAAGGUCUCGUCAAAGUAGAACGGCCGAUGCGACACAGGCGGAACCUUUUCAGUCGCCUCGAAAAGUGCACCGAAGGCCCACUGGGCGCGCUGAAGCAGUGGAUGGAUCAGAGAACCCGCGUCCGGGUCUACAUUCGCAAGCAGAAAGGCGUCGGGGGGCACGUAUCCGGCAUCAUCGAGCUUUUCGAUCGCCACUGGAAUCUGGCCAUUAGUGACGUGGAGGAAUCAUGGAGUCGCCGAAAGUUUCGUUACUCCGCGAACCGGGUGGCCGGGCUCGGAGAGCCCCAGGACUGUAGCGAUCGUCUCCGUCAGCUAGGCAUCACUUUGCCGACGGUAAAGGUAUGUGAGCAGCAGAACAAUAAAAAGUAUGUGAUAUGUACCCGGGCACUUCCGCAACUGUUAGUUAAAGGCGAUCACGUGGUGCUGGUAACGCCGGAACCGGCCGUCGUGCUGAAGAAGGAGGGUAGUAAAGAAUAA